AUGGACUUUGUCCUUCUCCUUCUGUCGUUCCUCCUGGCCACCUCCCAUGCCGCGAUCUACCCCGAUCCUGUCCUUGACAGUAGAGGAAAUGAGAUCAAACGGGGGCAUCAGUACUACGUACUGCCGGCGUUCUCCGGUCCCCUCGGCGGCGGCCUGAAUCUGGUGUCCCUCAACGAGACGUGCCCACUGUAUGUCGCACGGGAGGAAUCGGAGGUCGCCAGUGGGCUUCCCGUCAUGUUCUUCCCGGAGAACCCGGACAGGUCCGCCGUGCUCGAGGGGGGAACGUUCUACGCCAUGUUUGCGGCGCCUACCCAGUGCACGGAGUCCACGGUGUGGAGAGCCAAGGUGGGAACCCUGACGACGGGCGGAUCCGUAUCCCAGAGCAUUGGUCCUCACGAUAGUAGGUUCGCCAUACAAAAAUCUGAUGACCCCAAGUGGGCCUACGAGAUCAGCUCUUGCCCGUGCAGUGUCGAUGUGGACCGCGCAUCCUGCCGCAUGGGAUGCUCAGUCGUUGAUUCACUGCCUAAAGCUGUUGUCUUUAUGAAUGCUGCCGUGGAGGAAGUCGUUAUUCGUUCCAAGGCGUAG